GGAUGGUACAAAGCCCGGCGCGGCGGCGGCAGGCAGGCAGCGGCCGCCUCUGUUCCCGGUACCCUGUGGGAGGUCAUUGCACAAGCGGGGCUGGAGCCAGGGCUUUUCGCAGGCAGCGAUUCCCGGUGCAUGGGAGACAAAGCGACAGCUGCCGCCGCCGGCUGCUGCUGCGUGGGGGGCCCCCCGCCUAGCUCUGCCCCCCGCUGCGUGUGGUGAGGAGGAUGAUCCCGGCCCAGGGUGUCUCACGCCUCUUCUGAGCCCCUGAGGCGUUUGCUCCCGGCCGCCCGUGGCAUUUUGGAUGCUUUUUGCAGCGGCCGCCGCCCCGCGCCCGCAGCGCCAUGCACACCGUGCAGAAGGACACUACCUUCACCAAGAUCUUCGUCGGGGGGCUGCCCUACCACACCACCGACUCCUCCCUGAGGAAGUACUUCGAGGUGUUCGGGGACAUCGAGGAAGCGGUGGUGAUCACCGACCGGCAGACGGGCAAAUCCCGGGGCUAUGGCUUUGUGACUAUGGCAGACAGAGCUGCAGCUGAGAGAGCAUGCAAAGAUCCCAACCCCAUCAUUGAUGGCAGAAAAGCAAAUGUGAACCUGGCAUAUCUGGGAGCCAAACCAAGGAGUAUUCAAACUGGUUUUACCAUAGGUGUGCAGCAGCUACAUCCAGCCUUCAUUCAGAGACCAUAUGGGAUCUGGCAGCUGCUCUGGAAAAUACAAGUGUGCUUCAAGAGAACAAUAGCUACUGUCAUACUGCCUUCAUUUAACUGUUUAAUGAUUGAUGCCAUUCUUUUUCACAUCAUUUCAGAAAGUGAAUAUUGAUAGUGGGUGCACUUCUUUGAUGCUCUAAACAAAAACCCAUGUUUUUAAAGUUCUUGACCACUGCCCUUUUGUAACUUUAUAUGACAAUAUAACUUUUUUUUUGGUUUAACAAAACAAUAUUUUAUUCCUUCCUUGUGCUUUAAUUCAUAGUCUCCUUCUUUCAUUCCUGUCCCCUCACACCUAUAUAGGCCCACAACUGUCUUGGUAUUAUCAUUCCAGCCAGUGUAUGGAUGUAAGAGGCAGUAUUGCCAUAACAGUGCUCACACCCUAUGCUGGGUGUGUAUUGUUGAAACAUGCUAGGUUUCUUAAAUAGUUAAGUCUGUGCCAAAAGGACUGGAGUAACAUCUGUUAUGAAAAGAAGAGUUUUUCUUUUGUCUGAGGUGUGAAGAGCAGAAGUGUUUCAGGUAGACAGUAUUUUUUUGUCUUAAAGCUUUGUUUGCAUGUGAAAUACGACAGCUUUCUCAGCCGGUGAGACCACUAGUAACCUUGGUAUUUCUGUCACAUGCACACUAGAGGCUUUUCUAAAGGGUGCACAAGCACAUAAUUAAUGUUGAUCUUAAAAACUGCCCUCAAUAAGACUCUCCCCAUGUGAAGUGUAAAGAGAAGGAAUAAUGCAGUGAAACAAACUAAGCUCCCACUGACUUCAGUCGGCUUUGGAUCAGGCCCUAACUCAUGCAAACAUACUCUUUUCAUUCCUAUUCCUGUCCCUGACUCUCUGCCCAGCCAUUUCAGCCAUAUAGGCAGUGCAAACGAAGAUUCUUUUUUGCAGAGGUUUUUAUAACUUCCUUUUAGCGUAAUGUAUUAAGAAGUGAGAGACUGAACACGUGUUCAUUGUGAUCUACAGUUAGUGUUCCAUUUAGGCCUCUGUUUCAUCAUUAAAACCAAUGGGGGUACAUUUAGUACAGAUGACAAUGAGCACUACGAAUUAUUUAUCAGUUGCCAAGAGACGGGGAGGAAGAGGGAGGGGAUUAUAGAUCUCAUUUGCAAGCAUCAGUAAACAAGAAUUUCACUGCAUUCUUCUUUGGCAAUGAUUUAAUCACAGGAAACAUGCGUUGGCAAAAAAGUCGUUGUACAGUUUACCUUGGUGCCAUGAAUUGUACCAUGUUUCCAAAGCAGAGCAUCAGGUGUUCAUUUGAACAACAAAGUCUGAUUGUCAGGUCUGUUUUUGCCUCUUUUUCAAAGUAAAAGCCAGUGUAGGGUCUAAUCCUGCAUUCCUUGAUCACUCAAAACUUCAUCUAACACCAGUGGGAUUUUUGGAUCUAUUAUUCUUGUAGAAUUAGGCCCCAGUUUGUUUCACUUUAAGUUUUAUUUAAUCAUCUCUCACCCUCUUUGGUAAUUGGUUGUCUACUGUUCAGUGACUUAUGAAUAUUACAUAAAUAAGCAACUUGCUUCUAAGCUACCUACAUAUUUGGUACAGGGGCAAAACACACUUCCAAUGCUGUGCCACUCGCAGACAUCCCUAUUAAAGUGCUGAUGUUCCAAUAAUGGAAUGCUGGGAUUUAGAGACCACUGCCAUGGUCCUCUGCAUCUCAGAUGCUGCCACAGAACACAGCAGUGAAGUGGUUAGUGAAUAAUUUAUUAAAUGCUACACAAUGAACUAGUUUUUAAAAUUAACUUCAGAAUCAUGCUGAAGAGAAUGCUGAGUAGCGAAGGCCCAAAAUGCAGAAUGAUGGGGGCAGGAGCUUAUUGAACUUAAAAUGAACAGAACUGUUUUCAUGCAGGUUUAAAAACCCCAAAUACCCGUGAAAGGUAACGUUUUUGGUAGCUUUAAAUUUAAACCGUUCUUGGCACUGCUGGGGACCCAAAUGCAGCUGCAGCGUUAGGCUAGGGCAGUGCUUCUCAAAGUGGUGGUCUGCGAACCGGUGGCAGUCCGCGAGCCAUCGACUGCCGGUCCCUGGCGAGUUUCCUCAUAAGAGCAUCGACUAGGAUGAUAUGGCAGCGGUUCCUGGUACAUGGGGUGGGGCAGAGAAUUGCCGGUUCCCCGCUUCAGAUAGCUUGAGAAGCACUGGGCUAGGGCAUACCGAACAGAAAGUGAAACUAAAUCAGCUUCUCUGCUCUUCACUCUGUUGAAGCAGCAAUGCUAACCAAUAAACAAACAGCACAAAGGGGAAAAGCAAACUUAGAUUUUUUUUUUUGAAUUUUCAAAUUCUAAUCUAAGAUUUUAAUAACACAAGCACAGCAAUAUUUUUCCUAAUUUUUGAGAGACACUCUAAAUCUAUGGGCACGAUUUUGCACCCAUCAAUUGUUCCUGCAACUAACAGGCUUAGUUUGUAGAAUUGACAUGAUUGGCUGUCUUGUUUGUGGCAAGUCGGGAAGCUAGAUGUCUUAAGUUCCAUGAAUUUGUGCCUGCAGUUAUCUGGGGCAUGAUUACCUGAAGACAUAAAAUUGCACUCAUGCGACCAGAACAUGUGGUGAGGCAACAGUUGGAGCUGUUUUUGUUGCUACAGUGGCCUUUUAAGAAUUUUUUCCCAAGAACAUCUGAGACUUUAUAAAAAGCAAUGAGGGGCAACUGUGUAGAUUCUUUGACAAGAAACAUUCAGGGCAGCUGUAGUGUGGUGUAUGCAACUGGCUUUAAGUUAUCCUUUGUGCCCCUCUGAUCUAGGUGCUGCUGAGUAUCAGCCUUUCAUUUGGCAUAAACUAGAACAGGGCACAGGGCAUCCCUGGCUACAUCCUCUAUCCCCAGCCAUGCCUCAUGCUCUGGUCAGCAGCAGUGUGUGGCAUAAGCACUGCUACAGCUGCUCUACCCCACCUAAUAGAGGGCUCCUUAGAGGAAAAUCUUCCUUUUGGUGGAGCAAGCCGGCUUUAGGGCUGCUUUCUGCACUGUUGCAAUAUUACAGAGAUGGUUUAAUGCAGCAGGAUGUGGCCCACCGAGUAAAAUACCUGUCCUAAGCGGGUCUGGUGCCAGCUAUUGAGCCUGAUUCUGCAUUGCCCAGCACCCUGUAUAGUCACUUAUCUCAAUGCAAAGUGGAUUGGCUUGCACUCCUGUAAGUGACUACACAAGGCAGAGGCUAAUGGAAAAUGAGGCACACUGCAUCCAGUUGUGUUGGGCCUGCUUGCUCCAGGUCAGCAUGCGGCUGCUGUCACUUUUGCCUUGAAAUAAGUAGAUCUUUUUGGUUUCUUUCACAAUCUGCUGCUACAACCAGGAAGUGAAGAAAGUCCCUUGAAAGUUAUCCUUAAUGCCUGUUCAAUUGGGGUGCAAAUAAAAAGAAAUGAGCUUUCUUUUCUGUGUGGUUUUGCUGUUUCAAAGUCACACACAUUCCUUACUGUGGUCCCUCCCCAUGCUCUGGCUUCCUGUUGUACAACUCAUAAGAAAACACCCUGCUGCAAGACCCCAGGCUGCUCUGUCAGUCACAAGUCGCUCCUGUGGGAUGGCUCUCACAGCACCUGUUGUCUGUCUGUGCCAGUAACAUGAAAGCUUUUGGGGGGAUUUCCAAAGAAAUAGUCAAAUCCAAGUGGCUUCAGCUGUUAAUUCCCAAGCAUGGCUGUUGACGCACAGGCCAAACUACUGCCAGUCAGACAGGCUCCUCUUGAACUGAAUGCCUAUAAAUACACACCUAGACUGUACUUCUUUACCACCUUUGAGACGAGUGUGUAAAAGGAGCAAAGAUUCAGAGUGCACUUGAGCACCAUUCUGUUCUCUUGGGCCCAAUUAAUCAUAGCCCUGCAUUUUGUGUGGUUGCUUUCACUAGUGCAAAGUGAAUGCAUAAAUACUGCCUUCUCAUCUGAUAGCAUCUUAUGUUUCUUUUGCACGGGGGUAAAUGACUGCUCAAAGCACAAGGCAGUGUCUGGCUUGUUGUUUCAUGAGCCACGUUCUUUAUUCCACUACACUCUGAGCUACUCCACUAAGUCACUGGAAGAGUCUAUCUAAUCUAUAAUAUAAAUUCUGCCUCCACUCUUAAAUGUGAGAGUAGGGGCUGACCUCUGGUCUCAUACUGACGUAAUGGCUUCAGUUGGAUUACUCUUGAUUCUCACCAGUGUGAGGUGAGAGCAGUCUCUUUAGCAGUGGAGAACCGAGCCCUCCCGCCUUGUGUAGACAUUUACUUACAUCUGGGCUAAGUGGGUACAAAAUGCAACCAUUCUGAUCAGGUAUCUAAUACACCUGGGCCAAAUGUAGUAUUUACACAGGGUGUCUUCAAUAUUGUGAGACUUCCAAGUUUGAGAGGGUUUUUCUUUGUCUUCACUGUCAUGUGAUUCUUGUUUUGUCCAGACAUUCUCUUCAGCUCUGUCUGAGUAUUUUUUAAGCCUGCUUGUCCAGAACUAUUUCUGGUCCUGAUAGAGCGUCUCUUUGAGGAGUUUUCUUGGGUGUGGAGGAAGCAAGAUGUGCCAGGCUGAACAUGACCAUAGCUUUAUCCUCUGCAACUGGGUUUUGAGCUCACGUUGUGGGUUGAGCUGAGAGAAGAGGAUUAGAUCUUUUUUAGGGGAUGUGCUCACCACGUAUGGUUAUGGUUUGUCACCUCUUUCAUACUUCUGCACUAGCUGUACAUCCUGGGAGUAGGUGUGGGUGGCGUCUCUUGUCUCUCUUUCCACCUGUUGCAUUCUGUGGGAUCUGUUUUCCUGGACCUUAGUGAGGGGUUUUUUGUUCUACUACAAUCAUUUUCUAGAGGGUGGUUGUAUUUUUGUUUUUGCAUCAUAACAUAAUGAAGCAGUUGCAUCAUGAGCCAUGUGGGUUUAAUGUUCUCCCCCCCACCCCUUGCCCCCAAACUGCCUAGCCUUUCAAAAUUAGGUUAAGUGGGAAAUCAUUGAUAUCUUUUGUUGAACCCAGCUCUGACACUUUUCUUUGUCUCCAGUGGUUUCGGUAGCCUUUUGUGCCAAUUAUGUGGCCAAUAGUAAUAGCGUCAGGUCCUGUUGUGUGCAUGUUUUCCACUCCUUUCCCCAUCCCAGUCAGUGAUGCUGGCAUGUAGCCCUUUUCUGGUUUUCUCCCAGAGUUACAGCAUAAUCCCAACAAGGAAGCAGUAAACAGUUACUGACAUGCUCAGCUUGCUCAGACUGCUGUGUAAAUCUUCUUGCUGAACCUAAGGAGGAAGAGUGUAAGACAGAAAGGAGGAGGCCACAGGGAGUGUUCCUAAGAUGUGCCUUGAUUUUGUUAAAGGCAAAUGAGUUACAAUAAAACACCUGCUAAUCUUUAAGGCCACAUAGAGGGCACUUAAGGCAAAUCAUAUACAUAUAAGGAGAGAAUUAUUUUUGAAGCAUUUGUAGAAUAUCUGUCUCUAUUUGGAUCUCACUUGGAAAGGGCAAAAAUAACCACAGAAGACGCUGAAGUAAGAGCGUUCCUAGACUUCCUUUCUCAGUGCAACUUUAACAAGCUGUAUGUAGGAGACUGGAGGGUUCAGAAGUUUGGUGUAAGGUCACUGGUUCCAAUCCAACCCACAAAAGUAGAGACUAAUUGGUUGUUACCAUCUGAAGAUUGUCCUAGCGGCCUAUGUGGAAUGAGGUUACUGGUCAAAGUCAAAUUCCUGGUGGACUGAUGCCUACAAAAUUUCCACUGAAGUUGGGAAUCCUUGGCAGUCACAACAGAGAAACCAGAGACUCAAGUCUGAUAUCUGAACUGUGCUUCACCCCAAAGAUCGAUUUGUGUUUUUUUUUUUCCCCCUUCAGCUCAGUAUUGAAGAGGGGGGACAAUUUUUUUUGUCCCGCUGAAGUGGGACUCUUGAUAUGUGAGUUCAAUUCCUAGCUCCACCAGUCUUCCUGUGUGGCCUUGAGUGAGGCACAUAGGCCCCCAUCCUGCAAAUGUUUGCGCACAUUCUUUGCUUUAACCCUGGGAAUAGUCCAAUUUACAUGAGUGCUUGAUGGUCCAGGGCCUAUAUUUUGGUCUUCCAUUUGUACAAUAGGAAUUAUACAGUCUUUAAAAGCUGUAAACUCUUAAAGCAGGGACUGUCCUUUGGUAGGUAUACACACAGCAGCUAGUGCAGGGGGGUGAUCUCGGUGGAGGUGUCUAGGUGCUGCCGUAAUACUAUUGCUACUAAAAGCAGGAGGCCCAUUAGCAGCCCAGAACCAGGGGAUGGCACUGGGGUAUGGGAUGGCCAAGGAAGCCUUCAGUACUACUUAGAACAAUGACUUCAGUCUGCAGGGUGCUCAGACUAGCACCUUUCAAUGCACUGAACCCAAAGGGAUUUAUCCUUUAAACAUGUCCCUUAGCUGCUGAGCAGUCAGCCAGAAUGAAAAUAGAGAGGCCCGGUUCCAGUGGCCAGAUGGCUUACGCCUGCACUUGUUGGCAAACGCCAAGGGCUCUGUUUUUUUUCUUUCCUCAAGAAAUAAGGAGGCUGUUUGGCCAGUAGCACUCAUGUGCUGAUCUUGCAGCUGCCAGGCUCCCUGUAUGUUGUGUUCUCAAGCAAUAGGCGACUUGGCAUUUCUGUGCUAAACCUCCGAAGCAGGGUCAUGCCUCUGACGUGAUCUUAACAUGUGCUGCUGAUUCUUUAACUGCUUCAGCAGCACUGUUGUCUACCCCAUAGGAUGGGGGCUUGUCUUAUAGGGAUGUUGUCAAGGUCGAGCGGGAGGCCCACUGUAUCUUCUACCUUUUUAUUUCUGGUCUGUGUACAAAGGGCUGUGUAGGAAGGCUGUUGCUAGAGAAGGGGGAGGAUGGUGAAAAAUAGCAGAUGAGUUUCCCUCUACCAAGCAAAGCCCAACUUCAUGGCUUCUUUGGGAGCUAGCACUGAGCAGGAUGUGGGAGUGAAAGAACCACCCACCUUCCUCACUGCUUCCCCCGAUCCUGUCUCCUCUACUCUUAAAUCUGUGCAGCACACCUGACUUAUGAAUGGCCCUGUGGCAAUCCUGCUGCAUGGCUGGUGGCAGUGGGACUGCAAGGGUUUAGAAUAGUCCUGCCCGCUUGCUAUUGUGGAGCACUGCUGGGCAGCACGCAGUAUAGUCGGCACUCUUCCCUAGCAGCAUGAGGCUAGUCACCCAGCUGUCUUGCCUCCUUCCUGGAUGACCCUCAGAAUACUGCCAUCAGGUAGUGGCCUAAAACAAACCCAGCCUACAGUAUUCUGAGCACCAUAUCCUACAGUAGUGAUGCUAACAGGGGGUGUGGGUGUGGCUAUAAACGCUCCCAGGAAGAAUCCAACAAACUGGAGUUCUUAAAAGUAAGCCUUGUAAAGGCAAAAUGACCCAGUCAGCACAUUAUGUAGGGUUGUGUAGUGUUUUUUUUUGUUUUUUUUUUUAAAGCCUCUUUUGAAUGUAUUGGAAGCUACAUUUGAUUGAACAGAGUAAAGAUGUAUCUUACAUUUAAGCCCUCCCUAAAAUGUUCAAAUAUGUAAAGUGUUUCCAGCAUGAACUGAAUUGCAAACAAGCUAUAUUCAUCCUAUUAUUAUUAUAUUUUGCAGAAUAAAAUCAAAAGCUAAGUCUGUGUCCUCCUCUGACUCUAUAACUGUGUCUCUUGUCUUUUAAUUUUGGCUAUUGGGGCAGGUGUGGCAUUGUGCCAGAUAGUUAGGAACAUUGGGUUAGCGCCUUGAUCCUGAUCACCAGCCAUCUCAUGCUGCCUUUGGCCAAAGGCACAAAGCAAAGCCCUUGAUGAGUCUCUCCAGCAGGCACCAGUGAUUCUAAUUUUAGGUUUGACCAUGUUGUUCAUUGUAUUCUUCAACUGUUUUGUGGCCUCUACCAGCAUUUAAUCAUAAUACCCUAAAGCAUCUCAUAUUGUUGCUAGUCACAAGAUGACUCUGUGAUGACAAUUGCCGAUCACUUCACGAUUUAUAAUCGCACGGUGUAUUCUGGAUGAAGUUCAUUUCUGGCUUUCAGAACUUUUGGGGAGGCCUUAAAGUCUGACUUGAUCUAUAUUUUUCAAAAUUACAUUGACAUACCUGGAUGACAUUAUUCCACAGCAGGAGAAUAAGAAUCUUAAAAUACCACUUUAAAAUGUAAUCAAAUUAUCCAAGAAGGCUUUUGAUGAACUACACAGCUUGUUCCAUUUUUACCAUGAUCAUGGACAGUUGCUACUUGCAGAAAAGAUGGACAUCAAAUGCAAAUUGUGUGUUCAGCAAAGCUUUAAAAGGCUUAUAAACAGCCUUCCUUAAAAAUCUGAAAAUACAGCUUGAGACCACUUGUGACAAGUAGGCCCAGCCAGCAGAUAACUUCAUCAUGUUGCACUUGAUUUUGUUGUAGUUGCUAGUAAUUAAAGCUGACCUUAUCUUGGUUUGUAAGUGGAGUUUUUUUAAUCCAAUAAAUGAGUUGCUAUCUGCUUAUCCAGUUCAAGUCCACUUGACAUAAACUCUGACUGAAAUGUCUAGCUACAAUUUAAAAUUGCCAGUGGUCCCUUUAAAUAGAAAUGGAUCCUGGAGUUACUGUGUGUGAUUUUUUGAACAUAAUAAAAGAAGGUGUUUAGCAUGCAUUAGUACAUGUGCUGGGCUGGGUCUUGGCUUUGGAAAGGAAGUGCAGAAGUACAUGCUACUCAGGUCUUAAUACUGUUUGUUAUACAGUGUCUUGUUUGAGAGAAGCAAAUACAAAAGGGAAGAAAAUAGUCCAAAAGUUAGUGUCAUAGAUCUGUUUAUUGACCAGUUUAUCUUGUCAACUA